AUGUCCGAGGACUAUAUAUUCCGCCUGGUCUUCAAAUUCGCCAUCGCUCUCACCAUUGCUGCGGCUUUGGCAAUAUCCAUCCUUAUCCGCCGCGACUCGCCAGACCUUCAGGUCACCUCCCCGCCAAGAAAAAUGUCGACCGCCGCCGCCGCCGCCGCCGCCGCCAGCGGUUUGGUUGUUGAAGAGCGUGUCAUCGCGGAGCAAGUGACCGGCACACCGACCCGGGAAGAUCAGAUAGAUGAAUUGAGGCGCGAACAGGAAGCAUUGCGCGCCCAGUUGCGCAAUCAGGACGCGCUGCAGGAGAGCUACAACGAGCUACGCGACUCCUACGACGAGCUACGCGACUCCUACGAUGAGCUACGCGACUCCUACGACGAGCUACGCAACUCCCACGACGAGCUACAACGCAACUACCGCACUCUGACGGAGCAGGUGCGCCUUUUGCUCAGCGACCGCCCUUCGCUGCGCCGCAACGGCCCCUCGCCACCUUCCACGGAGGCCCACUCCAACACCGAGGAGUCUUAUGGGACCUUUGGCUCUCCCCCUUCUGCCAUUUUGGACGACCCGAUGACUUCGACCCCGAGCGUCGGCCUCACCGACGAGACGCACGCCGAUGGAUUCGGCGGCGGACCCUCCGUUCUCCCGCAACCGACGGAUGCCGCCGCGUCAGAGAAUGUAGUCCGCCAUCGUACCGUCCGCCUGGAAGAGGCGACUGGCGGGCAGGGUUUGCUCCCUCCCCCCAGGUCGAACACCACGGUCAUUCAUCCCGCACCCUCCGUUGUCGCCCCCGUCGAGCCCACACUGGGUAGGGGCCCGCUUCAACAGCCCCUUCAGCCACGCGCCGCACCAUUCGCCGUCCCCUUCCCCCUCGACGGGUCGAACGAGCAGUGGUCUCCCAUCCCCUCCAUCGCGACAACACCGGCCGCUGAAGACGAAGUGUUGGCGGUACCUAGUGCGGCUGGUUGGACCGCUACUGGACCCCAUCACCUUUCCCCAGCUGUUCCUGCCGCCGACAGCCACGCCGACGUGAGGGGCCGCAAGAGGAGCUUCAUGCAAAGGUUGGUCCCCGGAUGGUUCCAAGAUUUGCAGCGGCGGUCGAAGUCCCUUCCUGGAGAGCGAUAG